AUGUCAGAAUUGCUGGCAUUUGCAAAUUGCUAUCAGCAGAUCCUGAAAACAGAUGAUCUCAAGGAACAAGCUCUUAGAGAAGAAACAUAUGGAGAGGAAAAAUGUGACUUUCAAGGUGGGGAUUCACAAAGAGAGAAAGGACCCCAAAGUCGACAUCGACACCCUUUAUCAAAAGGUUACCUAGCCAAGGUUGACUGUGCCAAGGUUGACUGUGCCAAGGCUGACUGUGCCAAGGCUGACUGUGCCAAGGCUGACUGUGCCAAGGCUGACUGUGCCAAGGCUGACUGUGCCAAGGCUGACUGUGCCAAGGCUGACUGUGCCAAGGCUGACUGUGCCAAGGCUGACUGUGCCAAGGCUGACUGUGCCAAGGCUGACUGUGCCAAGGCUGACUGUGCCAAGGCUGACUGUGCCAAGGCUGACUGUGCCAAGGCUGACUCUGCCAAGGCUGACUGUGCCAAGGCUGACUGUGCCAAGGCUGACUGUGCCAAGGCUGACUGUGCCAAGGCUGACUGUGCCAAGGCUGACUGUGCCAAGGCUGACU